AUUAGAAAUCCACUCUCCUUUGCGCUGCCCGCUUGCUCUCCGUGCAGGUCUGUUGGAAAAAGCGCAGCAUAGCGCCGCGCUCCUUCCCAUCGGUGCGCACAGAUCUUACAUUUACAAAUGCCACCAAACAGGAUGAAUCUUUAGUUGCACAUUGGCAUGAAGGGACUAUGAGAAAAAUGUUUUUUUUUCCCCCCUUUUCUUUUUUUUUUGUAAUUACUCGUAACUUAGGUAAGUGCGCUGGAGCAUGGCACUUAUUUUACCACUUCGGACUCACACAGAAUACAGAUAGAAGGUACUGAAUGUGAACAGUUUUAUUUGGCAGCUUUAACAUAUUUCAGGCUAUAUUAGUGCUGAUAAUUGUGAGGCAUGGAUCUUGAUUUGCGGAAUGAGGCAUUUAUAGAGUGUGUCCGAGUGCUUCAGGACUUGAUCCAGAGCGGAGCGGUGAAUGGGAGCUUGGAGGCAUCAAACAUCUCUUGUGGCAACGCUUCCACGCUGCUCAUACCACAGCGUGUCAGGCAAGAGGAGGACCACACGCUCCGCAUCCUGCUCUACUCGCUCAUCUUCUUCUCGAGUGUUUCUGGCAACCUGCUGAUCAUCGUGGUGCUCACAUUCAAUAAGAAUAUGCGCACUAUCACCAACACCUUCCUGUUGUCACUCGCCAUGAGCGACCUGAUGAUGGCCAUAUUCUGCAUGCCUUUCAACCUGAUCCCCAGCAUUCUCAAGGACUUUGUCUUUGGAGCUCUGAUGUGCAAGAUAGUGACCUACCUUAUGGGCACAUCAGUGAGCAUCUCCACAUUUAACCUAGUUGCCAUAGCCCUUGAGCGCUACAGUGCCAUCUGCAAGCCUCUGAAGUCACGGGCGUGGCAGACCCAGUCCCAUGCCUAUCGGGUGAUUGCUGUUACAUGGGUGCUGGCCUUCAUCAUCAUGAUCCCCUACCCGAUCGUCAGUCACCUCAUGCCAUUUAAGCGUCCUGACAACACCACGGCGCACCAGUGUCGCCACAAGUGGCCUGUUGCAACGGCAGAGCAGACCUGGUAUGUUCUUCUCCUGCUUGUGCUGUUCGCGAUUCCAGGAGUGGUGAUGAUUGUUGCCUAUGGACUGAUCUCCAGGAAGCUUUAUCAAGGCAUCCGAUCCGAGACCGCCCUCAGCAAAGAAUCUACUGAUGUGAAGAAUGGACUGACUUCCUGUGGGUCUAAUAAUCCUGACGACGAAGACGGCUGCUAUGUUUGUGUGCGUCCAAGCUCAAUGGAGAUGAACCCCAUGUCUGCAUCAACCCAGUCCAUGAAGAUACACAGACCCCGCAGCACCACAUCGGGAGCCAAUCUGGAGGCCAAGAAGCGAGUCAUACGUAUGCUAGUGGUCAUCGUUGUUCUGUUCUUUCUCUGCUGGAUGCCUCUGUACUGUGUCAACACCUGGCGGGCUUUUGAUAACGUCACCGCCGAACGUGCCCUCUCUGGGACGCCCAUUGCAUUCAUCCAUUUGCUGAGCUACACCUCUGCUUGUGUCAACCCAAUAAUCUACUGCUUCAUGAACAUGCGCUUCCGCAAGGCCCUGCUCGGCACUUUCUCUUGCUGCUUUGCUCCUUGCUGUCAACAUUGCCGCCGCUGUAGGCCACGUGACAACGAGGAGGACGGUUUGGCGGCCGGGGCAUCCAUGUCCAGGUUCAGUUACACCAUAGUCAGCACCAUGGGAACCUGCUGAAGACGGUUUCUACAGCAACACAAUACCCACGUCCUUUGUUUUUAGGCCAGUGCAGUGCUCAUAGGUGCAGUCGUAGAAAAUAUGAAAUGAAGCGCAAUCAUGCAGUGUGAAUAUCUUUACAGAGCUAUAAAAAAGCACAAAAAUGCAGUAUGUAGUUAUUUCUUGUCAGAGUGGCUGAAGGCAAAUUCUUGGCUUAAAUCUUAACAGUGGUGCAUGUGGGUUUACAUCUGUGGUUCAAACUCAAGCAAAGGAGUAAUAAACUAAUAUAUAUGACAUAGGAAGGCUUUAUUAGUUACAUGUCAUUAUGUAGCUACAGAAGGAGGUCAACCUUCUUAAAAACUCUGUUUUAUAUUCUGCUGUCAGUAUAAAAUUGAAUGUGUUAAUGAUGGUAUUUUAAUUGCCUUGUGGCGUAAGUGCCUGCUUCUGAAAAACAAUGCUGCUUCUGUUUUGUGUCGACUGCCUCAUGUAUUACCGGCAUCAUAAUAGCAGGCAAAUGGAAAGUUUAAGGGUUUAGAUGUGGAGAAAAAAAAAACAAAAAAACUUCAAGUUAUAAAAUGUGUUUAUUAGAACUGAUGAAGUAGGCUGAAUGUUCAACAGGUGAAAAAGACACAGAGCAAUGUUGGGCACUUGGAAAUAUUAUAUAAACUUUAUGUUGUACAGUGAAAAUAUGUUAGGAAUAGAAACUUUUCAUCUCUUCUAUUAUUUUGUUGUUGCUACGAUGUAAGAAAAACUAUAUAACCCAAUCUGUGCCACAUAUUCUGUUUCUAUAGAAUGUGUCUUGUGUAGAAACAUUAGUAUUUCAAUGAUCAUAUUAAAUGAAAGCAUAAUUUAACUGUCCCUUUUUCAUUUCUAAUGUAUUGCAUAUUAUAAAAUAAUUCAGUUUUGGUUUUCAUGGUGCGACUUGGACAAAAACAGGAAAAUUUAGAUAGAAAAAAGCCACUUUAGCGUUUUAGGUUAUAGUUCAGAUUUUUGGAGGCAAGGUUCUGUGAAGUUCUUAUCAGAUUCUCUUAAAGUGACUUCUUAGAAAAGUAAAGAUAGAGAUGUGAAAGUCAAGUCGACAUCUCUUUUUGGCAAGCUUCAACAGUUGGUAACAUUUCAAGCUGAAAAACCUUAAUAUUUGUGUUGUGUUGACACGUAAGAGACAGUGGUUGGCUCUGUCACUGUUGUCUUAAUAAUCUCUGUGUUAUUAUGUUAAUAGUAUUUAGUAGAUCUACUUUUCUGACCUGGAAAAAUAUACCACCUGUCCUCAAAUUCAAAAGUUUCCUCCACACUUCCUGGUUAAUAUUAAUUUGGCCAACUUAAUUAAAGUCUUACAUAUGUUAAGCUGAGAAAACAGUCACAAAUGUGAUCUGAAAUAUUAACCUAAACUGUUUGUUUUUAUUUUAAAAGCCAAAUAGGCUAGCUGUUAACAUUUCACCACUCCAAGGAUUUCUUCAUCCAUACAAAUUCACAGUGAACACUUCCAGGUGACUUUAAACAAUGUGAACUAUCCCUUUAAUUAUUUUUCAAGAGUUGAAUCAAGUUUUUCAACUAGUGCUUGUACUCUAAGCAGAAAGUAAGUUCAAUCUCAAGACUCUACGGUGUUACUUUUAAAAACAGUCAUAAAACUAUUUAAAACUUUUCACCUUAUUGAUGCACCUUGAGGAAAGGUUAUUUUUUUAGAGAUUUUAGUGGCCUUUAUUGAACCAUAGACAGAAAACAUGGAGGAAAUUCUGUGAGGAAGCAUCUCCAAAGAGGGUACAAAUUAAUGCAUAUGACCUAAAUGAAAUGUCCUAUACCAUUUACGAAAAAAGAUGGGUAGACAAAUACCAAAAUUGACCAAUACUCCUCUGAAGUCAAACAUAAAGGUCCUCCAUGAAAUCCGCUCAUUUUAGAGAAAAAGAAAGACCUGCUAUGGAACAUGCAAUCAUAAAUAAAGCAAAAGUAAAAGUAGAAACCUCUAUUUUAAAUUGAGGCAUAGGGAUUUUUGAGUAUAGGACAUGUUUCUGAAUACAACAAAGACUUCAUUUCAGAGCUUUGUUAAACUGGCUGGAUUUCUUCACUUCUUUGAACUUAGUCUUACAGACAGAACCUGUACAUUAUUAUCUUGCUGAAUCCCAUACAGCGUGGGCUUGCUGGUUUGUGCAUUGGCCACAUAUGCGAGGAAGAUUACCAUCAGAAAUAUCUACGGUUUUAACGAAAUGUCAAAAGUCAGAGUUGCCCUUUGAUGAAUGUAUUUGUCUGGUGCAGCUUUGUGAAUGAGCUCAUGACUUUCUAUCAGAGCUGAGCUUAUCUGUGGGCUACAGAGUGGAUGCCAGAUUUUAGGGGCUUCUCUUUGUCAUGUCUGCCUUGUUUGUCACUGACUCUGGCGCCCACAGUCCCUUCACACUAAAUGUGUUUCAGCUUCAGACCUAUCAGGCUAAACUGGAGAACAUAUUUCACAGAGUGCACAGAAGCACAGUGCUGUCAAUCUCAAGACGAAUUACCUACCAAGAGUGUGGGUCAUUGUUGUGUAGCGCUAGACAUUUUAGUGUGGCGUUUUCUGAGUUCAACAUGUCAGUCAUGGACUUUAUUUGACUAACAAAGAUGUUUAAAUUCAUUGUAACAGAAAGGAUGUGCAUCUCGGUAAUGCAAGUAACGACUCAGUCCAUCACAUAGCAACUACUGGAUGCAUUUUGGCAUCUAGAUAUGAUGAAGAUGAGCUGCUGGACGUCAAACAAAGCAACCAAAGUGGGAACCAAAAAGGAUUAAAGUGACUUUGAGCAAGGCAUGGUUGAGGUGGUCUGAGUUUUUCAGAAACUAUUAGGAUUUUCCACGCACAGCAGCUUCUGCAUAGCGAAUGGUCCAAAGCAGAGACCAUAUUUAAUGCGCAGCAAAAUGAAAAGGAAGGGAAAAGUAUUUCUAAUAAGAGAGAGAGAGAGAUUUUUUCUCCAGUGACCUCCACAGUCACCAAAUCUCAAUCAAACAGAGGACCUUUGGGAUGUGGGGAAAUGGGAAACCUGCUUUCUGGAUGGUCAGUCAGCAAAUCUGCAAUUGCUUGACUCUAUCCUGUCAAAAUGGACCAAAACCCCUGAGGAAUGUUUCAUUCUUGUUGAAUCUAUUUUAUAACGAAUGAAGACAGCCCUGAAGGCAUAAGGAGGUUCAAUAUGAUACUAUAAAGGUGUGCCUGAUAAAGGAAAGGUAAUGUAUUGAAUGUAUACAGCACUUUUCUGGUUACACCGACCACUCAAAGCCCUUAUCGCUCGAGCCACAUCCACCUAUUGCACUCAUGAACAUUUAGACAUGGAUGUGCAGUCGGUAGCUUGGUGUUAAGUACCUUCCCCAGAGGCACAUUGAAAUAAUCCAGGAGGAAGUUAGCAUCUUCUAGACAAAGCAUUCAAAUCCUCUGAGACAUCCUUUCACACAGAUGACAAAGUAACAGCAUGAACAGUUGAUUAUCUCUGAAACAAAAGAACCCCACAUUCAUCUAGCCGGUUGCACCAUUUAGGCUUGAUGGACGUACAACUGUCAACAUGCAUUAAGAUAUGUAAAUCCAAUCUAAAAUUAGCACAUUAAAACAUACUGAGAGUAUAAAAAUAAAAAUAUAUUGUUUUUAGCACAAAAAUGAAUCAGAUCCCAUUGUUAAACACUGGAGAAACAGCCAUCAUUUUCCAGUAAUCAAAGUUAUUUAACCACAUUGAACUGCAGCCAGGACAUAAAUGCCCCUCAUUGAAGGCAUACUGUAUUACAGCCGUCUGGCUUGUUGUUUACGAGUUGCACUUGAAAAGUGUAUUUAUUUCCCGGAGAGCUGUAAGAGAGUGAUUUCCCUAGGGGGUCACAUAGGCUGUUAUUUCUUGAUACCACCCUCCCUUCCCCCUCACUCCUCAACACACACACACACACACACACACACACACACACACACACACACACACACACACACACAUGCGCAGCUUUCCCUCUUUAACUAGUUAUUGUGCUAAUACGUGUGGUUUUUGUGUGGCUGUGCUUAGAUCAACAACUCUUAAAUUAAAAAUAGAUAUGAAUACUGGGGUAUUUCCCUCAUUUGAAAUUGAGAAAGAGCUGCUGCAUAUCUUGUUGACACGUUUAAUUUCCAUAUGAAUUAAGUAGUGUGUACAGAAGUGCUCAGAGUUAAUGAAAGCCCUUCAGCUGAGCUCCUUGUGCUAAAACAGGAAAAUAAUUGCAAGCACUGAUCUAAACCAACUGAAUUGAUUCGGUUGAAGGUAAAACAAACUUGUUUUUGCCAACAACCUAUUUAAAAUGUAAUAUGUUGCCGUUAUGCUGCCUGUAAAUGUUCCUCAGAGGAGCAGGAGGAAAGCCGAAACAGCAGUGUUUAUAGUUAUUUAUCAUGCGUUAUUCUCCAGAAUAGAAUAAGGAAGGUUUCUGUAUAGUACAGUUAUUUUUGUCUUAUUGAGUUUUUCACCAAAAAACAAUUUAAAUAGUUCAGAUUGUGCUUUGGUCUCUUUUGCUUAAGACAUGGGGGCUUUUACAACUUUAAUUUUCAAGCAUGACAGUCUAGAUUUCUGAUACAACACAUUUGGGGUUACUACAGAUUAAAAUAUUUCAGUCUUCAUAUUUUUUUAGACAUAAUGUAAUGUUAUUUACAUGUUGCCAUUUUCCUAAAAAAGUGGCAUAAGUCAUUUUUUGUUAAAAGUGAUUUUUGGAAAUGAAAAAAUAAAAAAAUAAAAAUACUACAUUAUUACAACACUUAGCUACUGUAUUUGUUUUGUAGUUUUAUCAAAUUGUUUUGUAGCUUAGCUUGGCUUCAGCUAUGUUACCAAUAUUAUAUUUUAAAACAUUUGCGCCAAUAAGGUGUGUUUUAUUUCAGCAUAAGGCGUUUUAAGACUUUUACUCCAUCAGCAGGUGCAAAAACAUCAUUAACUGCUUCAAAACAUCAACAGAACCCUUUGAUAUCUAGAUUUUAAUGUAAACCCUUAACUUUACCUACAUGUUUCACAUGACUGGAAGUAAAACUGAUGUUUUUGAGCUUCCCAACCAGGAUCCUGACUUGAAUCUGACAGGGAUUACAGAUGAUUACAGAUUAGGGUGAUGGCGAGGAGCCUUCCAACCUCAAAGACUCAGAGUCCAUCACCAAAGACAUCCUGAAAAUCCCAGAGACAUGCAAGAAGGAUUUGACUGCUGUAAUCAAAUCCUUCUCGACUACAAGAAGGAUCAAUGAUUUUCAGUAAGCUCAUUGAUUAUUGAGUUUAUUAAAUAAUUCUCAACAUGCCAUUUUUUUUAUUAACAACAAAUAAACAUUAAAAUAAUUGUAUAUUUUAAAUUAUUAUCCUUUGAGAAAUGCCUGUCUCGUUUCACAUUAAACACAAACAUGGUGACGAAAUUAAAAUAAAUGCAUUUUCUGAAAAGGUUUAUGAACAAUUCUGGGUUCAAUUGUAUUUUAAAUUUUAAUAAAAUAAGGGUCAGAACAAGGAUUGAUUAGGAAAAACAUAACAUCAACUUCACAACUGUUGUGCUUUUCAAUAAACCCGGAAUAAGAAAGUGGAAAUAUGGUCACUGAGUCAUGUCCUGAAAUAUUCCCCGGAUAUCUAGUCCACUUCUAUGUAUCACAAAGGACUUUUUUGUGUCUGCUUUAAAAGAUGUUCUUAACAUUGUCUGCAAAAAUCCAGUUUGUGUGAAAAUAUGAGGUUUAUUUUGUAGCCUCAGAAAGUAACACACUUACAGAACAAACACCAUUCAGAAAUUAAGAAGAGACAUACAGUUAGUUUGAAAGGAUGGCAUUAGAUCUAACAUAUUUAUGUUUCACUGAGAGAGCACAAUUAGUGGUAAAUAAAUUAAUUUUUAUCCAUUCAGUUUUUUUUUUUUAAUUGUUUUUCUGCUUAAAGAAACAUGCAAACAUGGCUGCAAAGGAACUUUAUGAUUUAGAUAUGUAAUAAUAGACUUUUAAUCCAGGCGGGUAAUAAAAUAAUUUUUUCAUAAUUGAUUUUGCUGAGACUAAAAUGUUUAAUAAUUAAAAGUGCAACAAACUGUAAUAAAGUCACCUGAUCAUAGGGACUGCACUGUAAUCAAUCAGGUUUAGUCAGACAAUGAUCUGGCCUUACCUCUGGUAAUCAAAUCUUGUUAAUAGAUUUUUCAUCAUACAAUCCCCAGCUUUUGUUCUGCAAACUUUACAGCAUGCUACAUUUCUUAAACCAUAGCAUUAACUGGGUUCAUGUGUUAAUGAGAGACUUGACUAUUUUUUUUUAACAUUUAUUUAUUGAUUUUAACAGGAGAACAAGGAACAUACAUAUAUACACUUACAAAUACUUAAAAUGUAGACCUAGACGAGACAAAAACCCAAAGGGCAUAUACACAGGGUAGGGAAAAAAAAAAAGAGAGAGAGACUUGACUUUUACCUGAAACUUGUCUUUGAGGUAAAGGUGCCAGAGGCAAAGCUGCAGGGGAGCGAUAAGGACACUUUCACCAGAGAGGAGCUCUUAAGACACUGGGCCUUACAAUCAGUGUUGGAUGUUUUUUUAGGUGAGAAAUGCAGAUUAUAAAGCAACAAUGCAGGUGGUUUUAUAUUAAUAUAAAGUUUCUGCCAGUUUAAACUGAAGAGUUUUAACUGAUGGGAUAGUUACAUAAUAAAUAUACUUUUAAGUUGUCGUUUUACCAAAACAAAUCAACUUAUUUACAAGGUGUCCAUUCAUAGUGAAGCAUUUUUUAUAGGGUAGGCAAGGAAAUUUUAGAAUAAUACGUCAAUGCUUCAAAUCUAUCAAGGCACUUCAGUUUAGGGUUAUUUUUCAUCAUUUUGAUUGUUGAUUGCAUUCACCAUGUCAUUUAAUGCCUUUUUUAAGUUUUGGUUGUUUUUAGGCCAAAUCUUCAGGUACUACAGGAGCACUUUUCACAAGACGGCCAGAAAUACAGCUAAUGAUUCCCAAAAAAUAAUAUAAAUGUGGAAGUCGUCAGUCUAAAGAAAGACCAGGACAAAUAAAAAAUAUAAUGUGACAUAUUUUUUUCAGAAUUUAAUUUGCAAUUCAAAUUAAAUUGAUUAAUUUAUUCUUAAAACAUGCAUUCGAUUUAAGCAAGUAUUACUAUUCACCUCAAAUGUUUAGGAUCACACAUAGUUCUCAGUGAGAGAGUUACUGGUAAAACUGCGAUGGCUCAAAAAAGACAGAAAAUCUCCAAGGCAAAUUAUUAUUAUUUUUUUUUUUAUUUUAUUUCCAAAAGCAAAAACUCUUUAUUUUAAAAUCCUGGACUUACAUCCUAUUUGCAUGUUAUUAUGCUUUUUAUAGCUUUCCUAACGACAACACUGCAUCACAAACCGAUUUCUCAUGAGUUUAGCUCCUGUAUGCAUAUCAAGCUCAGCUCAAAUAAAUCUACUUUAAACCCGUAAUAAACAUGUAAAAACUAAAUUCAGACAAUGAAAAGGAUUUCAAUUUUAUACCAGACAUGUACUUUAUCCUAGACUAGUCUACUCUAUUGACCAUUUAGAGAUCCUCUUGACAAAAACUCAAAUAGAAGUUGCUCACUGGGUAUAUAUUUACACUUUUUGUUGGCGCUGUAAUCCUUUUUUCAGCAGUUUCUCGCUCCAUCAGUUCUGUUAUAAUAUCUGCCGGUCAAUGUGAAAGUCUCCAUCUGCGCACCAAUCUUUCUGCAGAGAUGAGAUGGAAAGGGAUACAGCACACUGUGAAAUCUAUUUUUCCAGUUCUGAAAGGCUGAAAUGAAAACUCUGGGCAGACAGUGAAUUUAUUUGCUGAGCAUUCAGAAGUAGUUGCUGUCCAUGUAAAUGAAAAUGAUCAUUUCAUUAUUGCAACUUUCAUAAAAGAUGUCAUUUGAGUCAACCAGGAAAUUGCUUUUUAUCCAUUGUCAAACAGUUUUUUUCCCCUAUAUUUUGCUUUGAUGAUUGGUUUAUUUAUUUUGGAAUGAAUGAAAUGCUAAAAUCACAUACCGCAAUAUAAUCAAGGGAAUCGAGGUGGUUGGGUUGGAUGAAGUUAUGUCUAGGCAACAACUUGGAAAGUCAAUAUGAAUAUUUUUGGCGGUAUAGCGAACUUUUAUUCCUUAUUACUUAUUGCGCUCAGUGUGUUUGCAUCUUUGUCAAGGAUGUAAAACACUAAAAAAAAAAAAAAAAAUGUGCAACUGUAAUGCAUCUUCAACAUAUUUUCAGAACUGUACAAAAUGUAGAUAUUUGGUAUAAACUGACAUGUCGUCUAUAUAUUUGGUUUAGUAUUGAUGUUUUGGGGGACCAAAGGGAUGAUUGAUGUUGUGUUCAUGUGCAUGUAUGUUCAGGACCUCAGAUGAACAUUAAGGGUUGGAGAACCAUUCGAGGGCACAUUUAGAUUUACUCGAAUGGUCACAGUUGCCAGGCCACCAUUGGCUUAAGGUGUUAUGAGUGUACAGUCAUGGUAUGUCUGAGUAAAUGUUUGUAUAAAAGAUAUUUAUCUUUUUUUUCUGUGCAUACAAACCUUG